CACUCGCUCCUAGGAGAUGAAGUGGAGGCAAGAAAACGAGGAACCGAGGAGAUCUCGAACCAGAGCUCGGUGCCGCAACUUCUGAGCCGUAUCGCUGAACUCCAAGAGCGAAUCCGCAUCCUCGAGGCCAAACGUUCCAACUCCAACUGUCAGGAGGACGAUGACCAUGCGGCCAUCAGUCCCCUCAAGAGUGAGGUGUCUCGGCUGCGGCUGCAGGUGCUGGAGCGGGACGGCCAGAUGAGCGAGCUGCGCGAUCGCUACGCGAAACACAGGGCCGUCCUCACCGAAAACUGGCGAAGAGCCGAGAACGAGGUCGCACGUCUCGACCACACCAUGGACCGAGUCCUUCUCGGCCUGCAGAGCUCUCCGGAAGCGGUGGCCUCGAGUCCGGGCCUCAAGAACCUGUUGGAAGAACUCGCAGGCACGCGAGGUGGAAUCGGGAAUUCGUACAACGGGAACAAGAUGGCAGGCUGGAGCCCGAAACGCUGGACUAACGGGACCAUCGACGAGGCGGCAGAGAUCGAGACCAUCAUCGAGUGAUCGUUCCCCGGCAUUCUUUGCGCACAUAUCAGGCUGCCCCUCGUCCCCCUCCCCCUGCCUCUUUUUCCGAUGUAGUGCAUCCCACCAAAAUGUUUUUUUUUUUUUCAGUGUGAAGUGAAAUUGAGA